AGCAGUCCCAUCUAACGGCCGUCCCGAGUAAUUUGCUCGUGCUUGUUUCGCUUUCCUUCCCUUUCCUUUCUAUAUUCACACACAGCUCGAAGCAGGCUUCGCAGUAUCCAGUCUUUAAUUUAUUGCCACCCCCCCUCCCCCAGACCAAACUUCCAUCUAAUAGGCAAAGAGCCGGUCCAAAGCCACACACACACACACACACCCACUGUCCCUUACCACUGGAGAUCCCUCCUCUCUCUCUCUCCCCACCCCAGUCUAGUCUCCCGGCGAGCUACUUCAUAUUGUUGUUUACUGUCACUCUCACUCUCGCUCUCCUGUCUCGUCUUUUCGAAACAAAAAAGCUCUCCCCAUAUAUUCCUGCCAUCGAUGUCUACCUCGCUCAAUCCGUCCAUGUCCAUAUCCAAACAUCCCUUAAACAUGGUCGGCACCACUAUCAAUCCUAUUACUACUACUACCAUCACUACCACUCCCACCGCCGCCCAGACACAGGCCGCAAAGGCUGCUCAGGCAAAGAUGCACAGAAGGUCUCGCACCGGCUGCUUCACUUGCCGUCUGCGGAGGAAGAAGUGCGACGAGGGCAAGCCGGGCUGUCGUGCUUGCAAUCAUCUCGGCCUGAAGUGCGAGUACAAGCGGCCGGUCUGGUGGAGCAACAACGAGCAGAGGCGGCACCAGAAGGAGCUCAUCAAGAACAUCAUCAAGCGCACCAAGCUUGCCGAAAAGACCUCACAGCCCGUCGCGCCGCCCUGCUCCUCCACACACUCACCCCCGAGUCUAUGCCAUUCCUUGCCGGCCUCGGAUGGCUACUCGGACGGCGGCGCUGCUCACACCCGCGCCGCCUCGGUCGACUCGCAGCUCUCGCUCGACUAUGAUCAUAACAGCUCGAUCAACCACCACCACCACCACCACCAACCCCACUUCCACCAUGUGCAGUCGCCAGAGUACUACGACUCGACUUCGAUGCUGCCGCCGCCGCCGCCCAUGUACGCCCCGUCGUCCUACGGCCACCACCACCAUCCCUUCCCGCCCUGCGUCCCCUACGAAGUCGACAUCAAGACGGAGCGCCAGACCUUUGUCAACGACGUCCCCACCCGCCGCGACUCCAGCAUCUCAACCUUUAGCACAUACCAAGCCCCUGGCAGCACCAGCUCCCACUCCGACAGCUGGAUCCAGCAGGACUACUUUGAGAGCCGCCGCGAGUCCUUUGCCGAGGAGCCCAUCGACUUUCACUACUUUGACUUUACCCAGGGGCAGCCGCCCCUGACCCCAUCCCACCCGGCCGUCGUCAUCCAGGUCGAGGACGAGGACCAGUACCUGCUCGACCACUUUAUCAACAACGUCAUCGGCCUCAUCUUCCCCAUCCUCGAGGUCAACCAGCACGGCUCCGCCCGCUCCGACGUCAUCCUCCCGGCCCUCCAGUCGAACAAGUGCUACCUCCACUGCUGCCUCAGCAUCGCGGCCCUGCACCUCAAGGGCCUCAGGGCUGGCAGCGGCACCGAAAACGACGACUCCAUAGACCAGGACAUUAUGCGCCACCGCUUCGCCACCGUCUCCGAGCUCUGCGACGCCCUCAACCGCGACGUCGACCACGCCCAGAUCCUCGAGGCCACCCUCAGCAUGAUCUUCUUCCAGUGCAUGGUCGGCCGCCCGGACGACUCCCUCCCCGACAUCCCCUGGCACCAGCACUACCAAGCCGUCACCAACCUCCUCAACAAGCUCGAGCUGCCGGCCCAGCUCGUGGCCAUGAAUAAUACCAACACCCACCAACCCCCCUUCAACAUGACCCUCGCCGCCUGGAUCGACAUCCUCGGCGCCACCAUGCUCGCCCGCACCCCCGUCUUCGCAGACACCUACCGCGAGAAACUCAUCGCCGACGCCCCGUCCGGCCUCGCCGAGCUCAUGGGCUGCGACGACCGCGUCAUGUACCUGAUUUCCGAAAUCGCCUGUCUCGAGGCCCUCAAGGCCGACGGCAUGGACGACGUCACCCUCUGCUCCCACAUUAAGCUCCUCGGCGACCAGAUCAGUCUGACGGAGACUACCUCCUCCUCUUCCACAGCUUCCACAUCCGCCCUAUCCUCCCCCUACAGCCCAACAGGCGCCAUCCGCCCCAAACACCUCAGCCGCGCCAUCACAGCCGUCUUCCGCCUCGCCGCGCGCAUCGCCCUCUGCGGCCUCAUCCCGGACAUUGACCGCACCAGCGCCUCCAUCACAUCGCUGGUCUCCGCGCUCGUCGAUGCUAUGGCUUUCAUCCCCGUCGCCUUCGACAAGUGUCUUGCCUGGCCGCUGCUUGUGGCUGGCUCGGUGGCGCUGCCGGAUAGUGCGUUUCGCGGCAUGUUUGCGGCGAGGGCGGCGCGCAUGGGUGAGGAGGGGGUUGUUGGGGGCGCCGAGGGAAGUUUUGGUCGGGUGGGGAUUUUGUUGGCGGAGGUUUGGGCGGAGGCGGAUGCGGAUUGUGGGGUUGGUGGUGUUGGUGGGGGGAGUGUGCAUUGGAGGGAUGUUAUGCGGAGGAAGGGGUGGGAUUGUUUGUUGAUUUAGGGGGUUUGGGGAUGGGUUGGGGUGUCUGUCGUGGACGCGCGGGUUUUUCAAUUUCUCGGCUGCGGGUUUCGGGUUUGCAUAGCGGGGAUCUUGAUCCGUCUCUAUCCAUCCAUCCAUCUCAGCUCAGCUCAGCUCAGCUCAUCGCCGGAAGUCUCGGGAUCCGGCUCCUGGGCAUUCAUGUCUCUUUUUUCUUUUUCUUUUCUUUUCUCUGAUGAUGAUUACCAUCGUCAUCAUCGUCAUCAUCGCGGCUACCAUAUCUAUCUAUAUGGGACGCGAGUGGUGCUUUUGUGUUUUUUAUUUCUUUUUACUUUAUAUAUAUACCCACGCGGGACUGUACAGUCUUGUUGUAAUUUGUAUACUUGUUUGGGUUUGGGUUGGGUUGGGUUGGGAUGGGAUGGGGAUGGGAUGAGAAAGGGGAUAGGAUGGGAUAGGGGAUGAAAAGUAGAUGAAGGAGAAGAAGAUAUAUAUAUACGGCG